AUGGCAGUCAGACUGUGUGAUGUGGCUUCUCUGCUUAGAAGUGGUUCGUGGGCAGCAGAGCCUUGGACCGGGCAGGUAAUUGCUGCCAUGGAAACGCAACUGUCUAAUGGGCCAACUUGCAAUAACACAGCCAACGGUCCAACCACCAUAAACAACAACUGCUCGUCACCAGUUGACUCCGGGAACACAGAGGACAGCAAGACCAACUUAAUAGUCAACUAUCUUCCUCAGAACAUGACACAGGAGGAACUAAAGAGUCUUUUUGGGAGCAUCGGUGAGAUAGAGUCCUGUAAGCUUGUAAGAGACAAAAUAACAGGGCAGAGCUUGGGAUAUGGCUUUGUGAACUAUAUUGACCCUAAGGAUGCAGAGAAAGCUAUCAACACCUUGAAUGGAUUGAGACUUCAAACCAAAACAAUAAAAGUUUCCUAUGCUCGCCCAAGUUCAGCUUCUAUCAGAGAUGCAAAUUUGUAUGUCAGUGGACUUCCAAAAACAAUGACCCAGAAGGAGUUGGAACAACUUUUUUCACAAUACGGACGCAUUAUUACUUCUCGUAUUCUGGUUGACCAGGUCACUGGCAUAUCAAGGGGUGUAGGGUUUAUUCGAUUUGACAAGCGGAUUGAGGCAGAAGAAGCUAUCAAAGGCCUAAAUGGCCAGAAACCUCCUGGUGCCACAGAGCCAAUCACUGUAAAGUUUGCUAAUAAUCCAAGCCAAAAAACAAAUCAGGCCAUCCUUUCCCAGCUGUACCAGUCUCCAAACAGAAGGUAUCCAGGACCACUAGCUCAGCAGGCACAGCGUUUUAGGUUGGACAAUCUGCUCAAUAUGGCUUAUGGAGUAAAGAGUAGGUUUUCUCCAAUGACCAUUGAUGGAAUGACCAGUUUGGCUGGAAUUAAUAUCCCUGGGCACCCAGGAACAGGGUGGUGUAUUUUUGUGUACAACCUGGCUCCUGACGCAGAUGAGAGUAUCCUGUGGCAAAUGUUUGGGCCUUUUGGAGCUGUCACCAACGUGAAGGUCAUCCGUGACUUUAACACCAAUAAAUGCAAAGGUUUUGGAUUUGUGACUAUGACAAACUAUGAUGAGGCUGCCAUGGCAAUAGCUAGCCUCAAUGGAUACCGUCUGGGAGACAGAGUACUGCAGGUCUCCUUUAAGACAAACAAAACGCACAAAGCCUAA